AUGGCGAUCACUACCGGGUUGUCUGUUCGCCUUUCCAAGCGGGCUAUCCUCCCCGCAUUCCGUAGCCAGAGAGAGUUCAGCUCUGCACGUUCUACCUUGAAAGAGAUCCAGGAUGCUUAUAUUAUCAGUGCUUCUCGAACCCCGACAGCUAAGUUCAAUGGUUCUUUCGCAUCUGUGUCAGCACCUGAGCUAGGUGCUAUCGCAAUCAAAUCUGCCCUGAGUAAAUCCAAGAUACCUGUGGAAAAAAUCAGCGAUGUUUAUAUGGGGAAUGUUUUGCAGGGGUCUGUCGGUCAAGCUCCCGCUCGCCAGGCAUCUAUAUUCGCUGGUCUGCCCUCUAUUGUCGAAGCAGUGACCAUCAAUAAGGUUUGCGCAUCGGGUUUGAAGUCAGUGGCAUUGGCUGCUCAAAAUAUUCAACUUGGCUUGGCGGAGGCACAAGUGGCUGGUGGUAUGGAGAACAUGACUCGAGUACCGUACUACAUGCCCCGCUCCAGUCAGCUACCCCCCUUUGGUGAAAUCAAGAUGGAAGAUGGUCUGAUUAAGGAUGGCCUAUGGGAUGUGUACAAUCAGUUUCAUAUGGGUAUUUGCGCUGAGCAGACCGCCAAGAAAUACCAAGUUUCCCGAGAAGAUCAGGACCAGUAUGCCAUUCGCUCAUACGAGCGGGCUCAGCAGGCCUGGAAGGAGAACCGGUUUGCGGACGAGAUUGCCAGUGUCACAGUCAAGAAUAAGAAGGGCGAGACCGUCAUUGAACGAGAUGAGGGUUAUGAGAACUUACGGGUGGACAAGUUGACGAGCCUGAAGCCCGCGUUCCUGCGAGAUGGAACUGGCACCGUUACUGCAGGCAAUGCGUCUACUAUGAAUGAUGGAGCCUCCGCUUUGGUGUUGGUCAACAAAGAUUUGGCCCGGGAAUUUGGCACGGGGGGACGGGUCUUGGCUCGUAUUGUCUCAACUGCCGAUGCUGCCAUUGAUCCGGUGGACUUCCCAGUGGCACCAGCCAAGGCCGUCCCGAUCGCCCUUGAACGGGCUGGUAUCACCAAGGACCAAGUGGCCGUGUGGGAAUUCAAUGAGGCUUUUGCCGCCGUUAUCAAGGCCAAUGAGAAGAUUCUUGGUCUGGAAGAUGCCAAGGUCAACAUGCUCGGCGGUGCUAUCUCUCUGGGUCAUGCUCUAGGCAGCUCUGGAUCUCGUAUCUUGGUGACUCUGCUCCACCAGCUUCAGCCUGGUGAAUAUGGCGUGGCUGCCAUCUGCAAUGGUGGUGGUGCAGCUACUGCUAUGGUUGUGCAGAGAUUGGAUCGCGUGGAGUAG